CUUACGCCUUGAGGCUUAAGCCUCUAAGACGCUUAAGGCUCACGUCUAAGCUAUGGGGGUAUUUUGGGCCAUUUUUUAAGAGUUUUGUAGGCCUUUUUUUGUUUUUUUUUUAAAUUUCUUAGGCUAUUUUAAGUUUAAUUUUGAGAAAUUUGAAAUUAACAAUGUUGAAAGCAUAAAAGUAAAUGGAUAAAGCCCUGAAAAUACUCAUCUUUUUUCUUUAUCUCUUUUGCGGUAGUCUCCAGCAGCACAUCAUCUCUCCCCCCCUCUUCUCUUCACACUCUAACAAAUACAACAAGCUUUCCUCCUGUUCAGUCACUCAUGCAGCAACACAACUAGAUAAUGCCUAAAGUCAAAACAAACCGUGUUAAUUACCCAGAAGGGUGGGAAUUGAUUGAACCUACUCUUCGUGAACUACAAGCGAAGAUGAGAGAAGCUGAGAAUGAUCCUCAUGAUGGCAAGAGAAAGUGCGAGGCUUUGUGGCCUAUAUUCAAAAUUGCUCAUCAGAAGAGCAGGUACAUUUUUGACCUUUACCAUCGGCGAAAGGAGAUAUCUAAAGAAUUGUUUGAGUUCUGCCUUGACCAAGGAUAUGCUGACCGAAAUCUCAUUGCCAAAUGGAAGAAGCCUGGUUAUGAACGCCUCUGCUGCUUAAGGUGCAUGCAGCCUCGAGAUCAUAACUUUGCAACUACGUGUGUUUGUCGAGUGCCGAAACACCUGAGAGAGGAGAAGGUUAUAGAGUGUGUUCAUUGUGGUUGUAAGGGCUGCGCUAGUGGAGACUGAUCUUAUUGGCUUCUGCUGCUUCUGAUUGUAACAAUAUAUGCUAGGAUAUUAUGGUUGCUUGGGCUAUGUUUAAACUCUUCAUUGAUCUUUUGCAACUUAGACCUUUUUUUUAUACUUUUUUUGGGCACAAUCCAUUCUAGUAAUUAACCAUAUGUAAUCUAUCAGUAAUUUGAAUAUCUUGCAAAGGAAUGAAAUUGUCUAUAGGUUAGUACUACAAAA